UGUUCAUAAGUACCAACCGGAUCUAAGCGCAUCUAAAAGAGAUUUAAAUUUUCUUUUCAAAAAGUGCUCGUUUGGUUCUCUAUGAUGCGGAGUUCGAUAAGAAAAAGUGAAAAAAGUGCACUUUGCCUAUGCUGCCACAGAGAACAGACGAACAUGCUCAAACAAAAUUGCUUGAAAAUCUUGUGUAAAGAAAAAACAAGCUCAGUAGCGACAUCGACGGUGACUUUCCCACUCAAAAACUUGUUUCGACACCAUGAUGGCGUUUUCUAAAGAAAUAUUUCACUAGCGCACCUUCAAAUUUUCCUACUCAAAUUCUGAGCUGUAUUUGCUCAAAUAACAAGAUGUUUAUGAUUAUUUCAUUAAUCCAGCUACAACAUUUGAGCAACUCAUUGAUUAUUAGUUUCAUUAUUUUCAAUUAGAAACAAGUUGAACAAUAAUUCAAUUUUUGUUUUCCAAGUAAAACCACCACAUUCUCUUAGUGGAACUAUACUAGGGUGCACACUUGGUGACACUAGCGCCAAAAGGUAAAAUAACGGCAAUUUUGUACCCCGAUUCGAAAUUUGACAGCGCCGCGUAAUGGCCACAUUCCCAGUUAUUUCAAAACAACCGUUGCAAUUCUUUACACAAUAGCACUACAUGAGCUUGGACGUCUGUUCUCUGUGAUGCUGCGCCAUGGCAAAUUUUGGAGGAGUCACUCUUUUCAUAGGGUUCUCAUUCCUGCCACCAGAUGCGGAGGGAUCGUUAGCUUCCGUCAAAUUUGCCUAUUGGGGUGCACAGUUGGCGACACUAGCGCCAAAAGAUAAAUAAAACAUCGGCGAAUUUGCACCGCGAUUCGAAAUGUGACAGCGCCGCGUAUGUGGCCAUUACGCCACAUGCCAGUUAUUUCAAAACAACCGUUGCAAUUCUUUACACAACUGCACUUCAUGAGCUUGGACGUCUGUUCUCUAUGUUCUUGGUUAGAUCAUUGCAGGUAUGGAUUAUUUUUGCGUAUCUAGUGCAAUCUAAAAUAAGAGUUAGGGCUCUGUGGUUAGGGUGGAAACUUGCCCCCUCUUAUCUACACCAACGAGGAUUUGCGUGCAUAAAAUUCUCUAUCACAUUUUAUCACGCCCCUUAUUUUCCGUAUCAAUGAUAACGCAAUGGUAUAAAACUAGGUACGUCUGGUUCAGUCUGUUGCUAGUUAUCCCGAAAGCUGCACCAAGUUCAGAAAGAGUAAUCAGUUCGAAGUGAAACCAUUUUUUGGUGAUUAGUGCAAAAAGGAUUAACAGUUGACGAGCGACUGCAUAUGCUGAUUGAUUUUCAGCCUCUUCAGUGCGAUAGAAAUCGAGAUUACCAUCUUCAAAAUCGCGAGGCAAAUUGUUAGAAAGAGAGGGAAGAUAGGAAAAAUAACACAGCGUCCCGUAUCACCUUAAUCCAUUCCUACAGCAUUGAUGUCAAAGAAGCAAAUAACCACAAAACAUCGGAGAAUAUGAAGCCGUUUUAAAAUUUUCAACUUAUUCACGAUGUGUUUAUAGAGCAACUUUAAAACAAAAAAAUAAGUGUGACUGGGCCGAAUUUAGAAUACAAUUACAAGAUGACAUCAACACACAGCCAGAAACAAAACCCCUUCAAACCAACGGACUGCGUGGACGAACAACAACCAGGACCUUCAACUAGAAAUUCAUCCUCGAGUUCACCGAGCCACAUUCAUAUGGAUUCAACAAAGGAAUCUUCCCUUUCACAAAUGUUCACAUGGAGUGGAAGUCGGACAAGUCAUGGUUUCGCGUAUGAGAAAGAUCUUGCUUUUACGUUAUUCGUUGCUGCAUCUUUAGAAGAACGUCGAUUCCGCCUGGCAACGGAAAUGAAGGAGGCCGGUAAGUUUGACGAUGCUGUGCUGAUUUUGGAUGAUCGGGAGGAAAUAUGGUUCUUUCAAGCCAAGCACAGUCAGUCAUCGAAUGCCAAAAUUGAGUACGAAGAGUUUUUCCCUUCAAGUUUUGAAGAGAACAGCCAAUUUUCCCUGCCAAUGUACAUCCAAUCGUUCUUGAAUGUUUCGAAACGAAGUGAGCUCAGGAAUUAUACCAAGCGAUUUAUUAUCUUUACCAAUAAAACGAUUGAUGAAAAUACUAGACAUGAGCUGGGAGAGCAUAUGGACAUAAAAAGCUGUGCUUCGAAUGACCCACUGGAAAAUAAGGUAUUCAUCAGAAAAACUGAAAAAUAUGUACCCAAAGCCGACCAAAUUCAGUCCUUACUGAUAAAGGUAAACGAAUUACCUGUUGCCAUUAAAGAUGCUAUAAUCGAACUUCAGAGAUCCGGAGCAGUAAAAAGUGUCUUACGAAAAUACACCACUCCUUUACGAUCCAUAUUGAAGAUAGACAGCUCCGUACGCUUUUCAGAAACAUUUACAGGAAAUGAGGAUGAAAUCAAUCAACGAUGGUUAUGGCACGAGCUUCAAACACAUUAUAUUACCCAGGACGAAACGACUAAACGCCUAUCAGAGGUGAUUUUCAGCAAGAAGGUAGACAAACGCUUAUUGCAAAACAAAUCCGGCGAAACAAGUUUUCCUCGGUUUAUCGAAGAGUCUGAUUUGAGAAGCUUUUUUGAAUGCCUUGUAAUAUGCACCGACCAGCCUGACAAACUCUCCUCACUGAGAGAUAACAUUACAGAAUCGGUUGUGGGGAAGUGGGUUCAUGAAAGGGAUCGUGGCUUGGUUAGUGAUAAAGCAAAAUUUCAUGUAGUAUUUGAAAAAGAAUUUGAAAACUGGCACAUGGUUACAAAUCUGGAAGGAAAUCAGAAACCUUUUUUGAGCAGCUACGAAGGGAAUAUGUGUGUUCAAAUGAUAAAAGCAGAAGUGCGUAGGCUUCUUCAAAAGGUUACAGCAGCAGAUUUCAGUAGUUAUGUGGAACGUACGCUAGCCUCACAAAACGGACAGAAAGAAUUCACAGAAGAUGGAUUUAUUUCAAAGCUGGAGCAACCGUAUGAUCAGAAUAGGUACAUACUAGUAGGGAAACCAGGCACGGGGAAAACAAUAUUCAUGAAAAAAAUCACAUAUUCACUACAAACUGAUUACAACAAACACGUGUAUCUGAUUUGCUUGAAUGGGUUGUUUAAAAACUACGAGGAACAAAACGAUAUAUUCACACUUAUGAAAUCCUCCCAUUUUACAAGAUCCACCCAAAAGUUUAUUCAAAACAGUUUGGAAAAUUAUCCAAAACAAUGUUUCAUUCUGCUAGAUGGUUUCGAUGAGAUUGAUACACAGCAUCAGGGCACAGCUAUCAAGCUUAUCAAAGAAACGUUCUGCAAAAAUAAUAUUCGGGUUUUCAUAAGUGGCAGAAAUCACGUGAAAAGAACACUCGAGAAAAAAUUGCAAGUUGAGGCAUUAAAUCUUGUUCCAUUAGUUGAGGAUGAGCAGCUGUUGUUUUUGAGAAACUACUGGGACAUCAGUUCUGAAAUCAGUCAGAAUGAUUCCGAGCGAUUUAAAAAAAUUGCGAAACGUUUGCUCGAGCUUCUGCAUGACAGUAUUCAAUCUGAAUAUUUCAACUUUACUGGUCUACCUUUAAUGGUUCGAAUGCUUGCAGAAGUCAACAAAGAAAAAUUUGAGCAAUACUGGAGGUCAACAAAUGACCAAAUGAACGAAAUAUUAGAUUUGGAAAACGGAUUCAGUAAAUUGCGUUUGUAUGAAAGUUUCGUUAACAUGUCGUUCAAUAUAUUUAUUAGGAAAACAAAUAACGAAGAAGGUUACGCAUCAGUUGAUUUAAAAAUUAAGAAUUUUUUCAAAGACAAUUUGGACAAAUUUUAUCGUGCCCAUCAGAUUAUUGCUAUUGCACAACUAAACGUUCCUCAAUUACGUGAAACAUUGAGCAAUAACGAUUCUGUAACAAUUCUGGAAAACAUGCUACAAAUCCUGGACGAUGGAGAAAAGUCACUAUUGAUCAAUGCUUCGAACAAGAUUCAGCUAGAAUUCACUCACUUAUCGUAUGCUGAAUAUUUCCUUUCUAAUUUUUUGUAUGAUCAUGUGUUAGAUUGGGAAGCGAUCUUGUUUGAUGUUUUGCAUAGAUAUGAAGUGGUUCGAACCUUUUUCUUUUCGAUGAUUGAGGAAAAUUGGGAUAACAGUAAAUUGCAAAUGAACACAAUUAUCAACAUUUGUCGCAAAACCCCCGGAAUUAUGUAUUUAAGCUGUUCUGAUGGUUACGAAUUAAUUUUUAAAGAGCUCCUGAAGCACCAGAAGGCUAAGCAACUGUUUGAAUAUAGUUGGCAAAGCAAUAAAGCCACACUUCUGCAUGCUGCUGUUCAAUCCAGAAAAGAAAACAUUCUAAAGUAUGUUCUCUGUGAUCACCAAUUUGGCGAUUGUACUAACCAUGGAGCAAGCAAUAACAAAACGGAAACAUACAAAUCUGAAAUUGACAUGAAUACCCCAGAUUCACGAGGAGCUUUACCAAUUCAUUACGCUGUAUCUGUUGGGAAUGAAGCGAUUGUGAAUAUGCUUGCGCAACAUGGUGCUGAUAAAAGUAUCCACGCUGAAGACAUUUACGGAAAUACUCCUCUACAUAAUGCAGCCGAUGUGGGAAUAGUCAAGCUGCUAAUUCAUAAAUAUUCAGCCGAUUACAAAAUUGCCAAUAACGCCGGAGAAACUCUUAUUCAUUUGGCGACAGAAAGAGGUAAUAUGGAGGUUGUUCAGCUGCUUAUAGAUGACUAUGCGGCUGAUGUCAAUGCGCAAGACAACGAUGGAAAUACUCCUCUCCUUCUUGCUGCCAAAUGUCGUAACUGGGAGAUGGUCAAGAUGUUGAUUGACAAAGAUUCCAAAUAUUCUGCAGACUACAAAAUUGCCAAUAAAGCAGGAGAGACUCUUAUUCAGUUGGCGAUCAUAAAAGGAGAAAUAGAAAUUGUAGAAAUGCUUAAAGACCAUGCUGCUGAUCUCAAUGUGCGAAACUGCUAUGGAAAAACUCCUCUCCAUUAUGCUGCCUUUUAUUGUAAGUGGGAGAUAGUCAAGAUGUUGAUUGGCAAAGAUUCCAAAUAUUUGCCAGACUACAAAAUUAUCAAUGGAGACGUAAACACCCUUUUUUAUAUAGCGGCCUUUCUAGGUAAAAUGGAAAUUAUACAGAUGCUUAGAGAUGACUAUGCAGCUGAUGUCAAUGCGCAAGAUAGCGAUGGAAAUACUCCUCUUCUUCUUGCUGCCAGACGUGGUAAGUGGGAGCUAGUCAAGAUGUUGAUUAACAAACAUUCCAAAAAUUCUGCAGACUACAAAAUUGCCAAUAAAGCCGGACAAACUCAUAUCCAUUUGGCGGCCGAAGGAGGUCAUACGAAAAUUGUAAAGAUGCUUAUAGAUGACUAUGCGGCUGAUGUCAAUGCGCAAGACAACGAUGGAAAUACUCCUCUUCUUCUCGCUGCCAAAAAUUAUGUGUGGGAGAUGGUCAAGAUGUUGAUUGACAAAGAUUCCAAAUAUUCUGCAGACUACAAAAUUGCCAAUAAAGCCGGACAAACUCUUAUUCAUUUGGCGGCCGAAGGAGGUAAUAUGGAAAUUGUACAGAUGCUUAGAGAUGACUAUGCAGCUGAUGUCAAUGCGCAAGACAACGAUGGAAAUACUCCUCUACAUUAUGCUGCCCAGUAUAGUACACUGGAAAUGGUCAAGAUGUUGAUUGUUGCGUGUUCUAUGGACUACAAAAUUGUCAAUAAAUUUGGAAAAUCUCUUAUCCAUUCUGCAGCCGGAGGUGGAAAAUUGGGAACUGUAAAGAUGCUUAUAGAUGACUAUGCUGUUGACAUCAAUGCGCAAGACUUUGAUGGUAAUACUCCUCUUCAUUAUGCUGCCCAUUUUAGUACAUGGGUAGUCGUCAAGAUGUUGAUUAUUGCAUAUUCUAUGGACUACAAAAUUGUCAAUAAAUUUGGAAAAUCUCUUAUUCAUUCUGCAGUCGCAGGCGGAAAAUUGGAAACUGUUAAGAUGCUUAUAGAUGACUAUGCAUCUGAUGCCAAUAAGCAAGACAACGAUGGAAAUACUCCUCUCCUUCUUGCUGCCAAAUGUCGUAACUGGGAGAUGGUCAAGAUGUUGAUUGAUAAAGACUCCAAAUAUUCGGCAAACUACAGAAUUGCCAAUAAACACGGAAAAACUGUUAUUCAUUUGGCAACCAUGGGCGGUAAUAUGGAAAUUGUGAAUAUGCUUAGAGAUGACUAUGCAGCUGAUGUCAAUGUACAGGACAACGAUGGAAAUACUCCUCUUCAUUAUGCAGCCGAGAAUAGCAUGUGGGAAAUGGUCAACAUUUUGAUCGUGAAAUAUCGUGCAAACUUCAAUGCUACCAACAAGAGCGGCCAAACUCCUUUUCACAUAGCUGCCUUGAAGGGCCAGUGGGAUGUUGUGAAAAUGCUUCUUGCCGAUUAUGCAUUAGCUGUCAACACUCCGAACGGAUCCGGACGGACUCUUCUGCAUUUGGCAACUGAAAAUAACAACUUGGAAGCUGUGAAGAUGCUCAUACAUGACCACUCGGCAGAUAUCGAUUGCCUUGACAGUAAAGGGCGUACCCCCUUUCAGGUGGCUACCGAGAGGGGCCACAAAGAAGUUGUGGACGAGCUGGCCAAAGUCCAAAAUGCUGAAUUUUCAAGAAAUUUUGAAAAAAGAAAAAUUCCACAGACAGAAGGCCCACGAAAAAAAAAAACGAAAAAGUUAAAACAAAGGAAAUAAUAAGGCUGUAAAAAUGUAGUUCCUUCCCUCUUUGAUAAAACAGGCUUAUUAAUUGCUGUCUAAAGGGCUAAAAUUACGAUUAGACCAUAUUUGUUUUGACCACCUGAAAGCUCACACUCUGUCGCAAGCGACACGUUCCGAUGUCAAUUAUUCACAGGUCCGGGUGAACGUAUAUGUUUGCCUGUAUUUGUCGAUAAAAAUAUGUAAACAAACCGAUCAGCUGAUCGCGACGUCACGUUCGCCAGAAAAUUUGUUCGCAGCUUCUGGAACGUGACGUCACCUUUGGCAACUUCGUGCGAUUUCGGCUUGCCGAAGUUGACAUGACACGACUACUACUUCAAAAUUAUCAUAUCACAAACACAACUUUGCCCGAUGGGCCUAACCUGGUGAAAUUUAGAACACUGGACACGUUCGAUAUGUCCUCAACGAUUCAAAGGAUCACUGAAACAUGGUUGUCUGGGUGUACAUGCAAAUACGUACACCGGAGCUGUACCCCAUCUCACACACACAUUCAUGAUGUUGUUCGCUGAAGUCAUUCGUGGCGCUAGUGUGUUUGAAGUUUAAGCACAGAGAACAGACGAAGAUGCUCGAACAAAAUUGCUUGAAAAUCUUGUGUAAAGAAAAAACAAGCGCAGUAGCGACAUCGACGGUGACUUUCCCACUCAAAAACUCCUUCCGAUACCAUGAUCACAGAGAACAGACGAACAUGCUCGAACAAAAUUGCUUGAAAAUCUUGUGUAAAGAAAAAACAAGCUCAGUAGCGACAUCGACGGUGACUUUCCCACCCAAAAACUCCUUCCGACACCAUGAUGGCGCUAAAAUAAGAAAUAUUUCACUAGCGCACCUUUAAAUAUUCCUACUCAGAGAUUGAGCUGUAUUUGCUCAAAUAACAAGAUGUGUAUGAUUAUUUCACGAAUUCAGCAACAAAGUUUGAGCAUACCAUUGAAAAUUAGUUUCACCACUUUCAAUUAGAAAUAAGUUGAACAACAAUACAAAUAUUAUUUCCCUAGUAAAUUCACACAUUCUCUCGGUGGAACUAUAUUGGGGUGCACACCUGGCGACACUAGCGCCAAAAGAUAAAACAUCGGAGAAUUUGCACCGCGAUUUGAAAUGUGACAGCGCCGCGUAAUGGCCACAUUGCCAGUUAUUUCAAAACAACCGUUGCAAUUCUUUACACAACUGCACUUCAUGAGCUUGGACGUCUGUUCUCUGUGCCAUGAUGGCGCUUAAUUAAGAAAUAUUUCACUAGCGCACCUUUAAAUAUUCCUACUGAGAGAUUGCUGUAUUAGCUGUAUUUUCUCAAAUAACAAGAUGAGUAUGAUUAUUUCACUAAUUCAUCAACUAAGUUUGAGCAUACCAUUGAAAAUUAGUUUCACCACAGUCAAUGAGAAUUGAGUUGAACAACAAUACAAUUAUUAUUUCCCAAGUAAAUUCACACAUUCUCUCGCUGGAACUAUAUUGGGGUGCACGCUUGGUGACACUAGCGCCAAAAAAUAAAACAUUGGCGAAUUUGUACCGCGAUUCGAAAUGUGACAGUGCCGCGUAAUGGCCACAUUGUCAGUUAUUUCGAAACAACCGUUGCAAUUCUUUACACAACUGCACUUCAUGAGCUUAGACGUCUGUUCUCUGUGGUUUAAGUAUAUGGAGCAAGAGGGUAGAUGGGUAGAUGCCUGUCUUGUUAUUAGCCGUCUUUGCUUCUAUUCACGCUAAGAAAAAAAUACUCUAAAAUGAGUAAGAUUCACACAAAACUGAGCUUAACUGGAACAGCUCAAAAAAUGAGUAAAUUGCAUUUCCAGCGAUAGCGCUGGCCCAAGUGCAAAAAUCCAAACAGUUGAAGCCGUAUAAUAUUCUUCCCAUCAUCAAGAAUAUUAUGCGGCUUAAACUGAUGAGAUUUUCGCACUUGGGCCAGCGCUAUCGCUGGAAAUGCAAUUUACUCAUUUUUUGAGCUGUUCCAGUUUAGCUCAGUUUUGUGUGAAUUUUCUGACCGUGUUGGCUUUUUUUAACGGUGUUGAGGUAAUUCGAUAUCCAGAAUCUGCAUGUCAAACUGAGCCGAAAUCCAAAUUUUCAUGAAUUUUGGUGCCCGGGAACCUAUUUAAAAAUCAAUUUGAAGUUUGUAUGGAAGCGAUUUCACAGAGAACAGACGUCUGAGCUCAUGAAGUGCAGUUGUGUAAAGAAUUGCAACGGUUGUUUUGAAAUAAUUGGCAUUGUGGCCAUUACGCGGCGCUGUCACAUUUCGAAUCGCGAUGCAAAUUCUCCGAUGUUUUAUAUUUUGGCGCUAGUGUCACUAAGUGUGCACCCCAAUAUAGUUCCACCCAGAGAAUGUAUGAAUUUACUAGGGAAAUAAUAAUUGUAUUUUUGUUCUUCUCAUUUCUAAUUGAAAGUAGUGAAACUAAUUUUCAAUGGUUUGCUCAAAUUUUGUUGCUGACUUAGUGAAAUAAUCUUACACAUCUCGUUAUUUUAGCAAAUACAGCUCAAUCUCUUAGUAGGAAUAUUUAAAAGUGCGCUAGUGAAAUAUUUCUUAAUUUAGCGCCAUCAUGGUGUCGGAAGGAGUUUUUAGGUGGGAAAGUCACCGUCGAUGUCGCUACUGCGCUUGAUUUUUCUUUACACAAGAUUUUCAAGUAAUUUUGUUCGAGCAUGUUCGUCUGUUCUCUGUGGCGAUUUGUCGGAUCACCCCUCGUUGCAUUUUGUACUGGGCGGAGCUGUCAAAUAGUUGCCCAGCUGUCAAAAUGUGAUUUCAAAAAAUCUCUUUGAAAUUGAUUUUAGGUAUCAAAAAGAAGUUCUAAAAAUCUGAAAAAGAAAUCAGGCUCAGAAAAAGGAGCUCUUUCGUAUAAAAUCAAAAAAAGAAUACAUUUUUGAAAAUUUAAAAACUCAAUUUACAACUCGUUUCUCGAAAAGGCUAUAUGUUCACUUAUUAAGUAUAGCCACAGAUAAACAGACGUAACACUUGCGAAAUUUCCAUCGACCACGCUUUAAACGAUCAUUUUAAAUUUUCAUAGUUGUGGCUUUCACAACCAGAGGCGCGCGCAUCAUUUUUCUAUGUGUUUGACGUUUCACACUAGCGCCUUCUGUUGACGAUAUUGCACAACACAGUGAUUCGUGCUACUUUUCCACCAGGUGAUGGUAGUGUGAACUGGGCGAUGGAUUUCCAUGGAAAUCGUUCAAGGUGUUACGUCUGUUUGUCUGUGAUAUAGCCUUUCGAUAUUAUUUGGUGCACGGAAACAGUAAAAAAAAAACAAACUUAAAAAUGUAAAAAAUACAUAGUGGUUCAAAGAACGGUGCUUUACGGAUGAAAUAAUAAAACCAUAAGACUAUCCACAGAGAACAGACGAACAUGCUCGAACAAAAUUGCUUGAAAAUCUUGUGUAAAGAAAAAUCAAGCGCAGUAGCGACAUCGACGGUGACUUUCCCACCUAAAAACUCCGUCCGACAACAUGAUGGCGCUUAAUUAAGAAAUAUUUCACUAGCGCACUUUUAAAUAUUCCAACUCAGAGAUUGAGCUUUAUUUGUUCAAAUAACAAGAUGUGUAUGAUUGUUUCACUAAUUCAGCAACACAAUUUGAGUGAACCAUUGAACAUUAGUUUCACCACUUUGAAUUAGAAAUGAGUUGAACAACAAUACAAUUAUUAUUUCCCUAGUAAAUUCACACAUUCUUUGUGUGGAACUAUAUUGCGGUGCACACUUGGCGACACUAGCGCCAAAAGGUAAAACAUCGGAGAAUUUGCACCGCGAUUCGAAAUGUGACAGCGCCGCGUAAUGGCCACAUUGCCAGUUAUUUCAAAACAACCGUUGAUAUUCUUUACAUAACUGCACUUCAUGAGCUUAGACGUCUGUUCUCUGUGGACUAUCUUCAUUUGAAAUUCUCUUCACAUUAUGUGUAACCAUGUGCCAACGAAAUAGUUAAGGAAUUAUUAUGCACAGUUAAAUAAUUAGGUAAGCUAUGGCUUCAAAUCAGGAACGCUCGCUAAUAAGACGCAACGUACUUUUAUUGCAACUUUUUAUUGUGUAUUUCAAUAAAUAUUUGUUCUCAAUAAA